CCGCGCUCACUGGGGUCCAGGCGAGCCCCGAACGCCUUUGGCCAAUCCAAAGCGAUUAUGCAAGACGGCGGACCAAUCAGCUCCGCCAGCUCAUGAAUAUUCAUAGGCUUGGCUGAGUCAAAGCUUUUAGGCGAGUUUGUGUAGAUCUACAGCAUCAUGCUUAGACUUUUCAAAGAGACAAACUCCAUUUUCUUAUGAAUGGAAAGUGAAAAGCCCUGUUCCGCUUAAAUUGGGUUCUUUCCUGUCCUGAGAAACACAACAGACCCCAAAAAGGCAAGCUGAAGAGCGAGCACACACACAGACCAAGCGACAAGAAAUGACCAUGACUACCAUGCCAGAGAGUCUUAAUAGCCCCGUCUCGGGGAAGGCUGUCUUUAUGGAGUUUGGGCCACCCAGCCAGCAAAUGUCUCCUUCUCCCAUGUCCCACGGACACUAUUCCAUGCACUGUUUACACUCAGCGGGCCACUCUCAGCCUGACAGCUCGUACAGCACAGCUUCGUCCUUCUCCAGACCGCUGGGCUACCCCUAUGUCAACUCGGUCAGCAGCCACUCGUCUAACCCCUACAUCAGUUCAGUGCAAUCCUACCCCAACAGCUCCAGCCUGACUCAGACCCGGUUAGAGGAGACAGGGGCCGAAGCGGAGAAAAGCACCGUGGUGGAAGGAGGGGAAGUUCGCUUUAACGGGAAAGGGAAAAAAAUCCGCAAGCCCAGGACUAUUUACUCCAGCCUGCAGUUGCAGGCUCUCAACAGGAGGUUCCAGCAGACUCAGUACCUGGCUCUGCCCGAGCGAGCCGAGCUCGCCGCCUCGCUGGGACUCACCCAGACACAGGUGAAGAUCUGGUUCCAGAACAAGCGCUCCAAAUUCAAGAAGCUGAUGAAGCAGGGAGGGGCGGCCUUGGAGAGCAGCGCCCUGGCCAACGGCAGGGCUCUGUCGGCCAGCUCGCCCCCGGUGCCCCCGGUGUGGAACACCAGCUCGGCCUCGGGUAAGGCCUCCACGGGCACCCCGGGCACCUACAUCCCCAGCUACACGUCCUGGUACCCGUCCGCCCACCAAGAAGCCAUGCAGCAACCUCAGCUGAUGUGAGCACCGCCGGGUUCCCCAGCGCACGCACAACUGUUGGUCCAGGAACAAAAAACAAAACCCAUUCACAAACAAAGGAAAGAAAGACAAAGGCAAAGCGAGAGAGGGGGGACAGGGAAACAAACACACCCGAGCUCUCUUCCCAGAGAGCCAUUGACUCGCUGUACUCGAGCGCGGGGCAGACAAGCACAGAUGCGAUGCGGGGCUGGUUCCCAACUGCUGACAGCUGACAGAGCAGCCGCCGGGCUCCAUUAGAUCAGCCGGAGAACAGCCCGGGAGCAGAGCGGAUCCCCGACCUCGGCUUUGUGGGACAAUCACAACAAACAUGUUUGUAGGGAA